CGGAACGCCCUCCGCCUGCCACGGCCAUUAUUUAUUCCUCUCUCUGUUUCCGAAAUCCCCCAAGCUCGAGCGAAAGCCAGGAAUUGAAAAGGCGCGCGCGAGAUCGAAGCUUUCUUCGAGCGUUUCUUGAUUUUUGGAAAGAGAAAAGAAGUUACGAUUCUCGUCUAAUGGCUUCCGCUGCUGCGACUUCCGGUUCAAUCUCUUCGCAUUCGCUCAUCUCCCGCGAUGCCAGAGCUGCCCUGAUUGGAUCCGUGAGGCAUCUGGAGGCGUCAAUCGUGCCGUCGACGCUCAAUUGUCCUUCCCGGAGGCGAUGGGCCGUGAAGCCGCUCCAUGCGGUGGAGCCCACUAGGAGGAACGACUCCGUGGCGCCACUGGCGGCGGCGCCGGCUACGAUGGCGGAGGCGGUGGCGGAGGAGAAGGGGAGGGGGAGGGAGGAGGAGGAAGAGAAGGUGGAUUACGAUCAGCUGGCGAGAGAGCUCGAGAACGCUUCCCCCCUCGAGAUCAUGGAUAAGGCCCUCGAGAAAUUUGGGGACGACAUCGCCAUCGCCUUCAGUGGAGCGGAGGAUGUUGCAUUGAUAGAGUAUGCUCGGUUGACUGGUCGGCCUUUCAGAGUCUUCAGCCUUGACACUGGAAGGCUGAACCCAGAGACAUACAGGUUCUUUGAUGCUGUGGAGAAGCAUUACGGCAUUCACAUUGAAUACAUGUUCCCAGAUGCAGUGGAAGUGCAGGCCCUUGUGAGGAGCAAGGGUUUGUUCUCUUUCUAUGAGGACGGGCACCAGGAGUGCUGCAGAGUGAGGAAAGUAAGACCUUUGAGGAGGGCUCUCAAAGGCCUCAGGGCUUGGAUCACUGGACAGAGGAAGGAUCAAUCCCCUGGCACCAGAGCCCAAAUCCCUGUCGUUCAGGUAGAUCCUUCUUUUGAAGGGAUUGAUGGUGGAAUUGGUAGCUUGAUAAAGUGGAAUCCAGUCGCUAAUGUGGAAGGCAAAGAUAUAUGGGAUUUCAUCAGGACCAUGGAUGUUCCUGUGAACUCCUUGCACUCACAGGGUUAUGUGUCCAUUGGUUGUGAACCCUGCACCAGACCUGUCUUGCCUGGUCAGCACGAGAGAGAAGGAAGGUGGUGGUGGGAGGAUGCAAAGGCCAAGGAGUGCGGACUCCACAAGGGAAACGUCGCACAGGAGGCGGCACAAAAAUUAGGUACUAAUGGAAAUGGAGCUGCGGCUGUCAACUCCGUACAUGGCAUACCAGACAUCUUCGAGACCCAAGCCAUUGUUAACCUAAGCAGGCCAGGAAUAGAUAACUUGCUCAGGCUAGAGAACCGGAGGGAGCCCUGGCUGGUUGUUCUCUAUGCUCCUUGGUGCCGCUUUUGCCAGGGAAUGGAAGCUUCGUAUGUAGAGUUGGCUGAGAAGCUCUCUGGUACAGGCAUCAAGGUAGGGAAGUUCCGGGCUGAUGGAGACCAGAAAACAUUUGCUCAACAACAACUGCAAUUGGGAAGCUUCCCCACAAUUCUGUUCUUUCCCAAGCACGCAUCAAGGCCCAUCAAGUAUCCUUCAGAGCGACGAGACGUUGAUUCGCUCCUUGCAUUUAUCAAUGCUCUUCGAUGAUGGGGUGUUUUCUAGCAUAAUUCUUCUUGGUGGUUGAUGGAUUUAAUGGGAUUCCGUAUCAUAUGUUUUGAGAGAAUUUGUGGACUCCACAUGUUAGCUUCUCGGGGAGCCUCACUUCCCGCCAGUUGUUUCUGGAGGUGAUUUAGAGGAAGGAAUUCCUAAAUUGGUGUAUUUUUCGUUAAGUACUUAGUAGGAUGGAAGGAGUAUUCCUUUUUGUUUUUUCUAAAUUGACACUCCUUUUUGUUUUUUUCCUCUUCUUUCUUUGUGGUAAAGAUGUUUACAUUUUAUGUCCCUUUUAAAGCAUCUGAAAGGAGUAUUCCUUUUUGUUUU